GAACGUCAACAAGAAGUAACCCAACAUCGCUUAGAGCACCUUGAAUUUCGAAUUUUAAACAUUUUAUAUUUGAUUUAUUUUGAAAAAAAGUGUUUGGAAAGAAAGAAGAACCCCACUUCCUGUUUGGAUUGAUGUGAUUGGCUAAUACUAACCGCGCAGACUCCUGGGAAAGCGCGAUGUUUAAAUUUGUUUCCGGUUUCUUUCUGCUUCGGCCAAAACGCCAAACAUGGAGCAACAUCAUAACAGUGUGACCAGGACUCCCCUCAACAGUGUUGUAGUUCAGAGGAGGAGCAAAAGUAAGAGCUACAGGCUGUCGUACCGCAGCUGCUUAGGUGCGGCUUCACGUCUCGGCUUAACUCCAGCCUUGACGGCACGGAGGCUCAACACAAGCAGAAGGGCUCCAAAGUCACACAAUAUCACUAAGGUGGAUGCGGCGCAGCUGACCUUACUAGUGAAAACGGAGUGGCAGCUGUCGUACGUUACUCCGCUCUAUCAGUUCAGGCACACUCAGCUGAAGAGCUACUCCAGGCAGCUCUCAGCGUUUAUUGCUGCAGAGAAGCAGCAAGGUAUGGCAGUGGAGGUGGAGGGACCACAGAAAACCUUCAGAGUCUCUUUCUCUUUGGUGCAGGGGUUGACUGAGUCGGAUGAGGAUGCUGAGACUGUCCUCAUACAGGUCUACUCAAAGCCUGUGUUUGCCAGGCAGGACGAGCCACAGAAGCCAGUAUGGAGCGGCUGGCUGACCUGCAUCAACGGCAACCCCGAAUACCUGGGCUCACUUCCAAAGGACUUCGUCUGUCUGCCGCUCUUCGGCAGCAGUGGGGCAGAGGGUCUUACUAAUUUGGUCAAAUCCUGGUUCCAGCAGUCCUUCGACUGCUGCUUUGGCCCCCUGGAAAUCAGCCAUACUAGCCUACAAUGGCUGAUGGCAUUAUGGACUAACUGCCACAACGAGUACAGCAUUCAGCACCUCAAAAUGAUUUGGACUCUUCCAGCUGUGCCGCCGCUGCAGGUCACCUACACAGUAAACUCAGAAGAUGCCUGGGAGCUGUGGGGCAGUGUGCGCAAGGGGAAUAGAGAGAGGGAGGAGGCGGAGGAGGAGAGUAGUAUCGACAUUGAGGAGGUGACACGGUUCAUGCUGGGAUUGCAGAGCCACUUCUACAGACACUUCAGGCUGGAUCUGUCAGCGGGAAGCCUCGACCAGGUCUCCACAGCCCUGGGCUCAGCCAAGAACAACGGCAGAAUCAAGAUCGCCAACAGCAGAUACAUGAUCACCACCCUGACGCUACUGACAGAGUGCGCCCUCCUCAAAAUGCCCAUCUGAGUGACAGCUAUGGAAAGACUGCAAAUGUAGAUUGCCUUUUGUUGUUUGUUUUUAAACCUCUUUUCAAAGCAUGAAAUCAUUUUUCAAAACAUUCUCUUCAAUGAAAGCACAAAUCAUAUUCUGGCUACUUUUUUCCUCCUAUUUUCCUACAUCGAACCGCAAUGCAGGAAAUGUUGACGACCAUAAUAAUCACGAGUGAGUACUGAGGAAAACAUUCUAGUGUUCUGUUUAACGUGUCUGCUGUGCUGCCAAACAGGAAUAGGUUCCACCUCUUAUUGUAAAUUAACAAAAACUAAGUAACUAUACCAUGUAUAUUCUUGUCUAGCUGUUUAUAUAUUUUGUGUCAUUUAUAGAUGUAAAU